GUCGGCGCAGUGGCCGGGCCAUCGUGUCCUGCCUGUGCCCGGGUGCUCUGUGCUCUCCUCUCCCCGUUUCUUGAUCCUGUCGACAGUCAUACGAACUCUGCACGAUAUAACGUCGUCGUUGUCAUCGUCGCCGUCAUCAUCUAACGUUACAUCUCUUCCGAUCACGAGGCCCUCUCUUCUCAUCCGUAGUUUCCAUCGUGUCCUGUCGGGCAUCUCUUUCUUUUUUUUUUCCAUCCCUCUUUCUUUCUCUAUUAUCUCUAUCUCUCUCUUUCUUCCCCUUUCUCGGUCUUCUCUUCUCAUCGAGUCGAGGAUCGAACGAAUCGCGGACGAACGGCGUCCGCGUAUCCGAUGAGAGCCGGCGCGUCGCGACGUGGUGCGACAUCCGGUACUGUCGCCUUCUCGAAAGACGCGACUUGACUUCCUGGCGCGGGAGAGUGCUAGUAGAAUUGUCAUUCGCGUUACGAACGGUGCGCGGGGUGCGCGGCUACAAAGGAGUAUCGCAUAAGGUGUAACACUACGGAGGUGAUAGUGGAACGAUACAAGUUACUCGGAAUUAGUAACGAACGGAGGACAUCCUUCACCGGGCAACAGCGGCCAGGAGGAUCGAGGUGAAGAGGUGGGAGCCAUGCCGCCCGGGCGAGCUUCCCUCGAGGCAGCCAGCAGGAUCGUUCAGCUACCGUUUCCCUAUCUUUCGAGGCUGCCUGCUCGUGUUCGCUUUUGUUGAGGUGAAGAACUGUGGAUUGGUGUAAUAAAACCUCGGCCCCAGGAGUAGCCCGGGGGUUACCCCGGGGACCUUGGGGAAGCGAUCGCGCGAGGACGAAGUGGCUGAGACCGACGAAGGAUACGGGAGGCGGAGGAGGAGGCCGCUAUGAACGCCAGCGUUAACGUCGAAAGGAACUCCUGGCGGCUGCCUCCCGAUGAGACCGUCCAGGUCGCCGAUCCCCGUUCAAAAUCAGCCCAGGUAAAAGAGGAUUUAACGUAUGCGGAUGGCGGUCACAAUUGGCGGAGUAUAAUUUUCUCACUCUUGGUCAUCGGCUUCGUUAUCGCUGGCAUUGUCACGGCAAUUUAUCUCCUCGGAUACGUUGAUGAGCUCUUAUAUUGGAGCGGCAGGCGUCUUACGCUAGACGAGUGCCUUCGUGAUGACCUGACACCACAUAGGUUACCACCGACCUGGAUAUCUCAUGAAAAGUUCGUCUAUCAAGCUGACGAUGGUUCCCUUACCCUCUUGGACACUCGCAACAAUAUCGUGACCCUUCUAGUCUCUAAUCAUACGCUGAGACAACUAAAUGUUCAAGGUUACGAAUGCAGCUCUGACCUACGUUACGUACUGUUCAGGCACAAUGUCAAACCGGUCUUUCGGAACACUUUCACUGCUCAUUAUACCGUCUACGAUGUCACAAACGACCAUCAUACACCACUUCGCUUGCAACCAUCGCGACGUGUGCAACAGACGCGACUGCAACAUGCCACUUGGUUGGGCAAUACAUCCAGUCUCCUCAUGAUCUCCGAAAACGACAUUUAUCUUAGAAUGGGACCUGCGGCGGAGGAUAUUCGUCUGACCGAUACGGGCGUACCCGGAGUGAUUUACAACGGCGUGCCCGACUGGUUGUAUCAGGAAGAAGUGUUGCCGAAUCCGCAAGCGAUAUGGCCCAGUCCAGACGGCUCGCAUAUUCUUUACGCGACAUUCAACGACACCAGAGUGAGCGCGUUGGAGUUUCCUUGGUUCGGUACGCAGUUAGGUCAAGAUGGAACCGGUUCGAAUUCUCCCGGUGCAUCCAAAUCCUUCCCGCCUUCCAGAUCAGUUAGAUAUCCAAGACCGGGUUCACCCAAUCCAGAGGUCGAACUGUGGAUUAUGGAUCUCGGGAAUGUGAGCUUAACAAAUUACAGUAGCGGAAACAUCACAUUGCCAGCGAAAACGAAACUGAAACCGCCGCCGUCGUUAAACGGACAAGAUAAUUAUCUGAUAUCAGCCGGUUGGGUCGGCGAUGACGCUUCGCAGAUCGCUGUCGUCUGGAUGACAAGAAUGCAAAAUUUGUCAUUGAUAUCGGCCUGCCGUGCUCCCACGUGGGAAUGCGAAGAGACUCACUCGGAGAGAGCGCCUGAAGGGCAGUGGUUGGAUGCUCAACCGCAUCCUCUCUUCGCUCCGGAUGGUGAUAGCUUCUUGUUGCUGGCCACAGUACAGGAAGGCGACAAGGAGCACUUCACGCAUAUAAAACACAUCACACUCACGCAGCAGAGAAUAGCGGUACUCUCGCACGGUCCUUACGAGGUAAGCGAGAUUUUAGCAUGGGACACCAAGGCGCAUCUCGUAUACUAUCUAGGCACCAGAGAGAGAAGACCUGGUCAGAGACAUCUUUACGUGGUACGAGAUCCCACUGCGGAUGAUCCUCGUCAUUUCGAGCCAUUGUGCGUCACGUGUGAUCUUGGAGAAGUUCUUUGGAGCAGUAGGUUUUAUUACACAAAUUGUACGCAUUUCGGUGCUUCUGUCAGUCCACCAGUGGACGAUGAUGGAGAUGGUUACUACGUAUUAUAUUGCGAAGGUCCCGGCCUUCCUCUCGCUGCCGUGCACAUGACGUCGUCGCACAAAAUGGUCCGCGUGCUAUACGAUACGAGAAUCCAACGCGCGGACAAACUGUCAGAACUGGCACUGCCUACCAGGAGAAACUUUGAGGUGCCAUUACCUCAAGGCUGGCGAGCGCAGGUGCAACUAUUGCUACCACCGUCAUGGCGGGAGGAGCUCAGAGAUGCAGCGUUCCCCGUGCUCGUUGAAGUAAAUGGCCGUCCCGGUAGCGAGGCCGUCACGGACAAAUUCCGGAUAGAUUGGGGAACGUAUAUGUCGAGUCAUAAUGACAUUGUCUAUGUAAGACUGGACGUACGAGGCGCCCGAGGUCAGGGAAAGAAGGAUCUGUUCAGAAAGAUAGGCGGUGUCGAGGUACAGGAUCAGCUUACCGUGUUGAAGCAUCUCUUAAAGACGCACAAGUAUCUUGACGAAACUAGAGUCGGCGUCUGGGGAUGGGGCUAUGGUGGAUACGUGACCGCUAUGGUGCUCGGAAAUCAGGAGAAUAUUUUCAAAUGUGGCGUUGCGGUAAAUCCAAUCGCCGAUUGGAUGUACUACAAUUCUGCAUUUACGGAACGAAUCCUCGGUGCUCCAGCUGAGAAUUACAAGGGUUACGUGGAAGCUGAUCUCACGCAACGAGCGAAAUUAGUAUCUAGUCACAGCCUUUACCUCCUUCAUGGUCUAGCUGACCUCACUGCGCCUUACACGCACGGCGUUGCCUUCGCUAAGGCUUUGUCCGAAGCGGGAGUCAUCUUUAGAUAUCAGAGUUACGCGGACGAAGAUCAUGCCCUGACGGGUGUGCUCGAACACGCUUAUCGUUCCAUGGAGGACUUCCUCGCCGGGUGCCUCGCCCUGGAUGCCUCCUAGUGCCUCAAGCCGAAAAAUUCUUUGUUGUCUCUAGUGCGCCUAUUUCCGAUACAUCUAAAACGAACGUUGAAACAAAGACUUGCCCUCGAAAUCACGGCAAUUACAUUCGUGAGCAGGAUAUCCUGAAAACUCGUUUAAAGCCUGAAUCGCGAAAUAAAUCAGGCUGUUAAUUAAAAAUGUGAUCGAGAAAAGCAAAAACGUGGUCGUUUAUCUGAGAGAAUUAAGAUAAAAUGAAGAAAGAACUUGCAAAUUUGUAUGGAAGGAAGAUGGAGAUUGAUUUCAGUCAAGGAUUAAGAAAAAAGUGGCAUUUGUACGAGCAAUAUCGUUAUAACAUAUGUAUUUCAUUCAUCUAAAGAUUUCUCUUGGAGAAUUCAUCAAUUUCUCGUGCAAUCCUUAGUGAUACAUACAUCACCAAGUUGUGAGGGAAUUCAGAAUAUCUUGAAAGAUAUUUAAUGUAAGACGAAAACGAGAAAUGAUGAAUUCUCUUUUCUGCUUGGCAGUAUUUUUAUAUAUUAUCGAACAAUAUCUCUCGUGCUCUUCGCGUGGAUUCGACAUUCGAUAAUUCCGUCAAAUAAUAUGAAUUGUUACCGAACAUGAAUCUUUCAUUUGCAAAGAUUUCGCGCGAGCGAUUUGUUCGAUAAUAGCGUAUCGUUUUACUGAAAGGAUAAAUUUGCGCGCGUAUUUGCUGUGAAAUCGAUUUUGGGCAAAAAGCGAAAGAGAAAACGAAAUGCGUGUUCGAAAGUGCAGACCGAAUUACUAUGUGCGGAGCUUAUCGACGGCUUGCAAAUCCCUAGUCGUAGUGCCAUCGAUAGGAAUGACGUUGUGAAAUCGACGUCAAGUGUUUGCAAGCUCGUCAUUAACGUUUUGCUGUGUUCCAAGUCUUAAGGGCGUUCAUAUAGAAAGAGCCUGAGAUAUCGUAGAGCGACUAAAGACGCGAUUAUUACGAAUUGAAUAAGAUUUUAACAUACAGAGCUUAUUGGAAGUCUGCAAACUUGCAUUUCUUUUUUGUAUCUCAUUUUUGCACACGGAGUUUAUCAAAUUAUAGUGUGUAUACUCGCGAAUAACGUAUCUCGAUAAAGGGAAAAAUUCUUUUGCAAACUGCAAUCGACACUUUUACGGUGGAAUUGAAAACCCGAAUUGAAAAUCUCAAAUCGAAUUACGUUUGUUCAGAAGGAGUUUGCAAGCUUCCGCGUCUCAUAUUCUUCUUUUUAGCUACGUCACUGGUGCCUCCUCGAUUUUAAAAGAGGAAAAAAAAAGUAUCUACGCCUAUGCGGUGACGUUCGUCCACAGGCAUCGACAUAUAUUUACCAUUAUAUAUAGAAUCCGGAGAGGGCUACCGUAAAUUUUGUGUUGUACAGCUUGGCGCCUAGUUCUAUGUAUCGUGAUGCGUAACAAAAAGUUGUUCCACCCUUACUUCCACCUCGACUCGCCCCUCCUCCUUCCCCCUAAUCCAUUUGAAUUUUGGAUAUUUGUACAUAUAUAUAUAUAUAUAUAUAUAUAUAUAUAUAUAUAUAUAUAUAUAUAUACACACCUAUGAGAAAUGUGAGGCUCCUUCGACGAGGUGUUGCGUCGAUGCCUAAGAGAAGUCGCGUGAGAAUCAUAGAACAAACGUUAUCAUGCAUAAAUUUGUUUCUUCGAGAUUCUCUCUCGACAAGAUUUAUAAAAAUAUACUUGUCAUAAAGUAUGUACAUGUGAAUUCAAAUCCUGUCGAAGGUGCAGAUGUUAGACUCGUUGUAUACCUUUUCGAGGUAAAUUAAUCGAUCCCGAAUGGAUGAACGAUGAUACUAAACAGACGAUAUACCUACUUAUGGAAUCGUCAUGAUUAGCUGUUGAUCAUUGAUCAGGCGCGAUCAGACAUUCGACACAAAGAAUUCCGAGUAUUAUACUUGUUCACUCGCGUUACUUUUGAGUGGAACUGUAGGAGACGAGAUAUAGCGAGGCAUUGUACGUUUAUUGUCACAUAUAAAUCAUUCCUACUACUGUUCCACUAUUGUGAAAAGCGAAUGCUCGGAAAUAAUCUGACAAAUGCAAUGUCGAAAAAUAUAGGACUCGUAAAUGUUUCGAAAAUAUCUUUUUUCGCGGCAUUAUUAUAAUAUAUCUUUUACAUUUAUUUCAGAAAUUGAUAUGCGAAAAUCGAAAACUUUAUUGCCUUGUGACUCUUUGAUGUCACGAUUUCGUUUUGCAAAAAUUUUAACAAAUCAUAGAUAAUUCGAGACUCAUAAUAAAUCUAAGUUCAAGUCGUUUAGAAAAAAAAAAAAAAAUAAUUUAUACGAGUCCUUAAUAAAUGUUAAUUAAGGAAGAGACGCCCUCGGAA